CGUUCAUUCAUAUUUCAUUCAACGUGAUUCAUGUUUUGUUUGUCUUGUCAAAACUGUAAUUCUUUGCCAAAAUUGCAUUUUAUUUAGUUCAACAAAUUCUAUUGCAGUUAAAAGUUGAUGUAAAAGGAAUCUGAUGUAGUGCAAAAUGUCGUUAGGGGUUUACGAAAACGUGGGCUACUUCAUCCGCGAGUGCGAUGGUCGUCGACUGCGCUAUGACCAAGCUUGUUUACAAGUUAUUACUUCGGAAAAAGUCAGUUUCUGGAGUCAAUAUUUGGAAUGUGAAGGCUGUGCAUUGCUAGAAACAGCUACGUUUAAAAACAACACCAAAUUAGUGUUCGGCACGACCAGUCCACUGAAGUACGCUGUUCAUAAUGCAAAUGGGGAAAUCUGCAAUGGCACGUACCAGUUCGGAGAAUUCGGCCAGUAUGACCUCAACCUCACUGAGGUCACCACCGGGGAGUGUGCGCCGAAGAUGACAGCGGAGCCGGAUGCGGCCUACUUGCCCAUCCUCACCGCCAUCGUCAUACUCUUCUCUAUGGCCACUCUGUGGUACAUCGUGAAGGGUAUUGGAAAGCGUGUGGUCGCUGGACGGAUGUAUGCUAGGUUCUUUAAUCGUGAAGACAACGAGCUCGGGUCGGACACGCGCGUGCUGACGGGCGACUCGGCGGCGCCGCGCGCGCCCACGCGCUCCCGCCUGCGCUCGCUAGACAUCUUCCGCGGGUUCGCUGUUGCUCUUAUGAUCUUCGUGAACUCGGGCGGCGGCGGCUACGACAUAUUCCGCCACUCCGUAUGGAACGGGCUAACGUUGGCCGACCUGGCGGCGCCGUGGUUCGCCUUCGCCAUGGGACAGGCGCUGGUGCUGGCGCUACACUCGAGAUUGAGGACUUCUAUGACGCGGUGGACUGCGUUUAUGCAUGUGGCGCGUCGCUCGCUCUUCCUAGCCAUCAUCGGCAUAGUCCUGGGCUCCGUGAACUCGGGCUGGUCCGGGGCGCGGCUGCCGGGCGUGCUGCAGCGCCUCGCCGCCCUGCACCUGCUGGCGGGCGCCGUGGAGGUCGUGGCUAUUAGUACUGACCAGGGGAUUGUACCUGGACACUCUCUGAUCCGCGACAUCCGCGCUGGCUGGAAGCAAUGGCUGUUCACUCUAUCACUGGUUGCUAUACAUCUGACAGUAACUCUAACCGUUGCGGCGCCAGGCUGCCCCCGCGGCUACCUCGGGCCCGGCGGCCUGCACCUGUCUGAGCACGGGAACUAUUCGCUGCAGAACUGUACUGGAGGGAUCAGCGGGUAUAUUGAUCGAGAAAUCCUAGGCCCAUCCCACCUCUACCAGCACGGGACCUUCAAAGACAUCUACCACACGACGGUGCCCUACGACCCUGAGGGGCUGCUGGGAGUGCUGUCCGGCGUGCUAGUCCUGCAGGCCGGCGCCCAUGCUGCGCGCCUGAUGCUGGCGUAUAACCAUGCUAGAGCGCGCAUAAUGCGGUGGGUGUUCUACUCCAUCAUCUUCGGCCUGGCCGGCGGGGGGCUAUGCCAGUUCUCCAAGAACGGGGGGCCGAUUCCGGUGAACAAGAACCUCUGGUCCGUGUCCUACUGCCUGGUGACGUCGUCGAUGGCUUUCUUCGCUCAGGCAGUGCUGUACUAUGUGGUGGACCUGAAGAACCGGUGGGGUGGGCGGCCGUUUUAUUAUGCUGGUCAAAAUGCUCUGGUCAUCUACAUCGGUAGCGAGCUCCUCAAGAACCACGUGUUAUUCAACUACAAGAUACCUUAUCCAACUCACGCGCAGCUUCUAACCACUAACACGGCGACCGCUAUGAUAUGGCUGGCCAUAGCCAUAGCGUUGCACAGAAAAAGGAUUUUCAUCACUAUUUAAAAACUUUUUGGAAGACGAAAAAGGCGCGAAGAAAAUUGGGAUUCUAAAUUUGAAAUUUAGGCGCGGUGUGUGACGUUUUGAAAUUGGAAAUGUCGGCUCAAAGAUUUGAAUGAUUGGUCGG